CAGUGUUUAGUGUAGGUGAGUUUCAGGUAAUACUGUGGAAUGGAACUGUUUGUAGAGCGGAAGAAAAGAGUCCAUGAAAAAAAUGAAAAUGGUCCAUUCGCAAAGGAGCGGAAGGCCAGGGAAGAGGUCCGUGCUGCUAUACCUUUACAUUCACUUGAUCAUGUCAGUACAUUCCUGAAAAUCGUAAGGGAGGAAGAAAAUGUUAUGGGAGAACUUCAACGACUGAACUUUACCACAAAGUUUCCACUUUACGACUAUAAACUCAUCCAGGUACCUAGGGCAAUGUUGAAGGAUGUAGUCGAGGGCCAGAAGCUGGUAUUCCGAGGUGAUAUGGAGGAUUCUCCUGUUCUCUGUACAGAAGAAACCACUUAUUCAAUAAAAGAAGUGGAAACGUCGAACUCUAUGCUGUUGACUCCAACUUUAAAAACAGCGACCGAAGUCGGGGAUACACAAGAAAAGUACAUUACAAAUGUCUCCAUAAAUUCUCUCUGUCACCAUUAUCUCGAGCUAGAAAAGGUACCCUGUGUAACGCCAUUCAGACUACGUGAGUUGUUACAUCAGAAUGAACUUCAUUGGGAUUGGCCGUCUGAAGAUUCCCAAACUAAGACGUAUAGCAUCGAUGACUUGCGAAGUCAUGUGCAAAUGAGUGACGGUGAAAUGUCGAUGAUGCUAAGUAAAAUGCCUGUUGUUGAGCAUCUUGGAAAGAUGCGCUGGCUGUCUUUAGAACUGCGUCGGAAAUUCUUUACUUCGCUCAUAGACGCAUUUGAUGACGAUGCUUACCCAGAAGUUCAAAUUACGGAGCUCACUUUUUCUGCACUCCGUAAUUUUCUUCCUGAAAAUGUCACAGACCAUAUAAUUAAGUGGUUUUUGACUUCAAUGUGCACAAAGUCUGACUCGGACGCUUACAACGUAGAUGCUGGUCCAUUCGUACAUGAAAUUGCGGCUCAUGUCUUGCAAGGUCCAUUCCGAAGGAUUGCGGUCAGAGAUUUCGAAAAAAUGCUGGAUACUGCGUUACCGUGCGGUAUAAAAAUGGAGCCGUCUCACCUCCUUGGCAUAUCGGUACGUUCUGAAGACGUGCGAGAGACGUACAUCUCAUACUUGAGUCCAGAAGACUUGCCAGAAGAUACGCGAGAAAGACUGCGGAUAUUAUUCUCAUUGCAAAAAGCUUGGACCAUCAAUGAGUUAUGCCCGUAUCUUGAAGAUGUCCGUGUGUAUGCGCGAGUUGUAGUCAAGGGCAAACCCUUAUUGGAAUAUUUCGUUGUAGGAUUGAACAGUAGACCGCAUCGAGUUCACAUGGCCGACACACCGUCGGAUGCACUAUGGCGAAUCGCUGCGUUCGCCAUCAUCAUGCUUCUGUCUGGACGUGAUCGAUGGUGGAUUGUGUUCGUGUUGUACUCGAUCUAUCGGCUAACACAAACGGAAUGGUUUGAUCGAAUACGGCAAACGAUACGGCGAGAUUUGAUGGGACUUGCUCUGUUGAUACGGGUAAAACUAGACUGUAGACGACGAUUGAAGGCGAAUCGUCCACUUCACGAAGUAUUUCUAGAACAGGUACGGAAACAUCCGCAAAAGGUUGCUUGCGUGGAAAUCGAAACGGGUCGACGUGUCACUUUUGAAGAAUUGAACAGAAUUUUGAAUAAGUAUGCAAAUUACUUUGAUAGUUUGGGAUACAAGAAAGGCGACGUCGUAGCUAUAUUUAUGGAAAAUAGCAUAGACUUCUUCGCUUUGUGGUUGGGAUUGUCGAAGAUUGGUGUCAUAUCAGCCUUCAUAAAUUCAAAUCUCAAACUUGAACCUUUGGCUUACUCCAUAACGUCUGCGAAUUGCAAAUGUAUCGUUACCACACCGAAGCUAAAGCCAGUUCUUGAUGAGUCUGUGACACAAGGCGUGUUGAACAUCGACAAUAAGGAAGUGUUUGUGACGGAUGGCGCUAUCGAAGGUGCAAAAUCACUAUCGGAUGAAGUUCGAGCUGUUUCAGACAGAGAACCGGUCUGUGAGAAUGUUAACUUUCAAGAUGUGCUUUGCUACGUAUACACUUCGGGCACCACCGGCAAUCCAAAACCUGCCGUCAUCAAGCAUUUCCGAUUUUACUGGAUGGCUAUGGGAGCUUGCAAAUCAUUCCAUAUCACUGGUGAUGAUGUGAUAUACAUAACAAUGCCAAUGUAUCACUCAGCAGCUGGAAUUAUGGGUAUUGGCACUGUAAUUGUGUCUGGAACAACGGCUGUAAUUCGUAAGAAAUUUUCUGCAAGUAACUUCUGGAAGGACUGUGUCAAAUUUGAUUGUACUGCAAGCCAGUAUAUUGGAGAAAUUUGCAGAUACCUGCUCGCUCAAAAACCCUGUGAAGAAGAAAAGCAGCACAAAGUUCGCCUUAUGUGGGGUAAUGGCCUUCGAGCGGAGAUUUGGAAUGAGUUCGUGUCACGAUUUGGUAUAACGAGGAUCGGAGAGUUGUAUGGCUCUACUGAGGGCAAUUCUAAUAUAGUGAAUAUUGACAAUCAUAUUGGAUCUUGUGGAUUUUUCCCAAUUUACCCGUACAUCACUGGACUUUAUCCUAUCCGACUCCUGAAAGUUGAUCAAGAAACUGGAGAGCUUGUUCGAGAUGCGAACGGACUGUGCAUCCCAUGUUGCCCGGGUGAACUUGGUGAAAUGGUUGGUGUGAUAAGGAACAAAGACGUGCUUCUGAAGUUUGAAGGCUAUGUAAACAAAGGUGAUACACAGAAGAAAAUCUAUCGUGAUGUGUUUGAACAUGGCGAUCAGGUCUUUGCAAGUGGUGAUAUCUUAUAUUGGGAUAAGCUAGGAUAUUUAUAUUUCAAAGACCGGCGCGGUGACACUUUCAGAUGGAAAGGUGAGAACGUCUCUACGACGGAAGUUGAAGGAAUUCUCCAACCGCUGAUGAGUGUCGUCGAUGCGACAGUGUACGGUGUGGAAGUAGGAAAGAAUGAAGGUCGAGCUGGAAUGGCGGCUGUGGUUCUUGCUGAAGGAAUCGAUGUUGAAAAAUUCUUGCUUGAAACAGCGAAGAGGCUAAUAGCGAAUCUUGCUGGUUAUGCCAUACCCGUAUUUAUUCGUCUUUGUAAGGAGGUGGAUCGUACGGGUACGUUCAAGCUGAAAAAAAUCGAUCUCCAAAAACAAGGAUUUGAUCUGAAAUUGUGUAAAGGAGAUCCAGUGUACUACUGGAAUGCUGCGGUGAAAGGAUACUCGUUACUGGACGCAAAAAUGCAGAACGAUAUAGAAACAGGCGUUUAUAAUCGACUUUAGACGAGUUCUCACCUCUCUGCCUUCAACCUCCGAGUAUUGAUACAGGUUAUUAUGCGAUAUAUGUUGAGUAUUCGUUUUGAAAAAGUGCACAUUCUUUCGGAUAUCCACUAUCGGUCCAAAGCUCGCUUUCUCUUAUGCGUGUGAUGUGCAUUUUUCAUCUUAUGGCCUCAUUUGCAUUGUUUUUCUUUGAACCAGUCCUUCCCAUAUCAUGCCAAGACCGCCAUAUACCUCAACAAUUUACUUUUUAUCUCUAAUUUUUUAUUGCGUUGUUUUGAAUCGCUCAAAUUGCCAUUCCUACUUACAUUCCGUGCCUUAAUAAGUGAUUUGCUCAGUAUGUGACUUUAAUAUCAAUGAUUCGUAGCAUUUCCCUCUUCUUAUGCUGCAAAUAGUGCAAUAGAAAACUAGUAUUCACACUAGUUAUCGUUAGAUUAGUAGGCAGUUUUUGUAUGUCUGAGAAUAUUUCGUUUAGUCGUGUACAAACGGUGUGAUAAAACCGUUACAUGAUAUUUUUGUG